AGUUAGGCCCAGCUGAGGCAGAGACGGAUGGGGGAGGAGAGUUCUGCCCACCACUGCCCAGCCCUCACCUACUGGAUUUAGAAGUCUAGAAGCCGGGGGGCUGCGGCAUCCAGGGCUCCAGCAGAAAGCCGAGGGCCCCUCCCUUGGGGGAGGCAAAUGGCAUCUCAGCCGAGCACCACCUGGUACUGAUCUCACCCACGUGCCCUUCCGCAGACCCCUCCUGCAGCUGGAGAGGGGAGGGAGUUCUACAUACAGGUUUUUCUAGCCUCGGACUGUCCAGACAACCUGCCCGACCAGCUCGUCCAUCAAUCUCCAUUCCUCCUGGACCGGGACCAAGCCCCAGCCAGGAGCACAGCCGUCACCACCCCUCCUCGAGCUACCGUCAGAAGCUUUGUCCACUAAGGCCAUGGGGCGAGCCCAGGACUCUCACCUCUUGCUGCUUCUGCUACUUAUCAGUCACCACAUGGGGACCAGCCUGGAUCACAUCCCGUACACUCCACAGAUCUCCCCCCAUGCCCUGGAGGGGAAGGUCACUUCAGCCACCUUCUCCCUGGACCAGCCAAGAUGCAUCUUCAUGGAGCAUGCCAGCUCAACAGAUACCAUCUGGCUGGUGGUAGCCUUCAGCAAUGCCACCAAGGAUUUCCAGAACCCUGAGACUGCAGCAGAGAUCCCUUCCUACACCAGACUGCCCAUGAGCUUUUACUACAUGACCCUGAAGUUGUCUCCUGACCACUACCCAUGCAAGGAAGAAGACAUUGCUAUUCUCCGUGUGGGCAGUGACACUAGGUGCCUCCGAAACCCAAGUCAGGAGUAUUGUAACGCCCCCCUCCUGGACCCUGGCCCUUACAGCGUGAAGUUUCUUGUGAUGGACAACAACACCCAACCCAAGGCCGAGACGAGGUGGUCCAACCCAAUCACCCUCAACCAAGGACGGGACCCCCGAAGCAUUGACACGUGGCCCAGCAGGAGAAGCGGCUGCAUGAUCGUCAUUACCUCCAUCCUGUCCACCUUCGCUGUUCUCCUGGUGCUUGCCUUCUUCAUCGCUUCCACUGUCCAGUUCUCCAGCCUCUGGUGGCCCGAGGAACCACCGCCCCCCGAGCAGCUGCGCGUGGACUCCUUCGUUGGCAAACGCUACAUGACGCACCACAUCCCCCCCAGCGAGGCGGACACGCUGCCUGUGGGCAGGGGGCCCCAGCCGUUCCCCAGCCCUUGCCCAGGACCCAUGGUCUAAAUCUGUCCGCUGUGCUAAUGAGUCGCCCCCAUUUUGGCAUGAAUUAAAGAAGGACCCGGACGUUGUCA